AUGUGCGUGUGUUCAAUCUUACUUCAGGAUGGCUAUCGUUUUGUGAUUGACCGUGAAUGGGCUAUGCUGAGUGGAACUAUCCAAACCAUGCUUUCUAUGGAGGAAGGCGGUUUCUCGGAGGCACAGAGCGGUGUUUGUCAAUUGCAAAUUCGCGGUCAAGUACUCGAAAAGGUGGUCGAAUACCUUCAGUGGCACGCGCGUAACCAGGACCGCUCUGAGUUUUCUAUCAAAGACUUUGAGCGCAAGAUACCACCUGAGCUGGCGCUCGAACUGUACGUCGAUCCUACAUAUUGCAGCUGA